GGGUUGCGAACUGGUUCACUGAUCUGCCCAUUACCAUCUCUCUCUCUCUCUCGAUCUUUUUUCCUUCUGUAGAUGACCAGUCAUAGACCAUUGUGCUCAAACUUUGAACUGAUUGCAUAAUGAUGUGGUUAGAAGAGUGUGUGUGUGUGGUAUUGAUUACUUCUCUACUGGGUUUUGGUGGUUUGGCUUGAUUUUCUUGUGGGUUAUUAUUUUUUUUCUUUUUGAUGGGUUCAGAGGGGGAAGAAGUGUUGAAAAAGGAGAAAUAUGAGGAACCUAAGAGAGAGAGAUUGUGGUACAGUGACUCAAUCUGCAUACAAAAACACUCUGCAUGUUGGUGCUCUUUUGGCCAUGGCAGUUUUGCUUGCUUGUUUACCCACAAGUAAAAGAACUUGUGCUUAACACAACUUUGAGCUCACUAAAUCUCUCACUAAAAACAUCAACAAAAAGCAGGUAAAGGGUGUGGUCCGAUCUAAAUAGAUCUGUUUAGAGUACUACUUUGCAAUCAGUCAUGAAGAGACUUGGCAGCUCUGAUUCCUUGGGUGCUUUGAUGUCCAUCUGUCCAACCACAGAAGAACACAGCCCAGGGCACAACCAAGUUUACCCAAGGCAGUUCCAGUCCAUGUUGGAAGGCCUAGAGGAAGAAGACUGUGGUGAAGAUUCAGGUCAUAUCGCGGAGAAGAAAAGGCGAUUAAGCGUGGAGCAAGUGAAGGCAUUAGAGAAAAAUUUCGAAGUCGAAAACAAGCUUGAACCAGAGAGAAAAGUGAAGCUUGCUCAAGAACUUGGGCUGCAACCAAGGCAAGUAGCUGUUUGGUUCCAAAACCGCCGCGCUCGGUGGAAAACCAAGCAAUUGGAGAGAGACUAUGGUCUUCUCAAAGCCAGUUUUGAGGCACUCAAGCACAAUUAUGAGACACUUCAACAUGACAAUGAAGCUCUACUCAAAGAGAUAGGAGAAUUGAAAUCAAAGCAACAUGAGGAGAACUCAGAGAGCAAUGCCUCCGUGAAAGAAGAAGCAAUGUUGUCUGAAAACGAGGACAAAGUUGUGGAAGACACUAAGCCACCCACAAAUUCUCUCUCUAAACGUGAAGCUGCUGAACUGAACUACAAGAGCUUCACCACCAACAACUAUAACAACAAUGGAGUAGUCGGAGACUCGUUGCUUCCAGAUUUCAAAGAUGGUUCUUCUGAUAGCGACUCGAGCGCGAUCCUGAACGAAGAAAAUAAUAGCCCAAAUGCUGCCAUUUCUUCAUCUGGGGUUCUUCAGGGCCACCAGUUCUUGAUCUCUAAUGAAUCUUCAAUGCUGAAAUUCAACUGUUCUUCGUCAUCGUCGCCUUCAUCGAUGAAUUGUUUCCACUUCUCAGAGGCAAAGUCGAUUCUUGGGGAUGAUGCCCAGAAGGCGUAUCUGCCACAGUUUGUGAAGAUUGAGGAGCACAAUUUUUUCGGUGGGGAUGAGUCCUGUAAUUUCUUCUCGGAUGAACAAGCUCCAACUCUUCAAUGGUACUGUCCCGAUCACUGGACUUGAAGGUGAAAAAUUAAAAAACCCAGAUCAAAGAAGCUGAGAAUAAGUAAGAGACGCAAAAGAAAAAAAAAACAGAAAUCUAUGGGGGCUACAAAAAUUUUGUAAAUCGAAAAGUGGACCACUAGAGUACAUGCAAUGAAAUUUGCUUUCUCCAUUGUACAAAGUCAAGUUGCAGAUAAAUGGGUCAGUGCAGAAGAUGAGAUAAAAGAGAGGAAAGAGAGUGAUUCACGUGGAGGUGUGGUGGCAGUUGGACUCUGGGUUGGGCUAUAAGCAAUGGGGGAAUGAAUGAUAAGGUAGUAAUUAAGCUUUCAGUCUCUCUACUGUUAAAGAAGGAAAAGCUUUGAACUUGAAUUAAGAAUAGCUUAUAGUAGUUGAAAGUGUUUACCCUUUGUGUCAUUCUAUUACUAGAAAGAGGUUAAAAUGACUUUCAAUGUGUAUGUAUAAUUAGGGAAUUUUUUCUACCAACUGUCGAAUUUUCUUUUAAAAAAAAUAAUAAUGUUAUA